UGCAUAAAAUACUGCAACAAAGGUAAUGGUCAACAAUUUUACAAAUGAAUAUUUGCAUCUAGACCUGGAAUGGAUGGAUAGAGGAAGGGCUAGGGUGGGGCUCAUUUAUCCCAAAUCUAGCUUUGAGCUUUGUGGCAAAAGAGGUGCAGGUUGUCGGUUGUCAUGGACGAGAAGGAAAGAUAGAAAAUUUUGCCAUGUCUUGCCAACACUGCCACGUACAUCUGGUCAAAUGGGAACAAAGAAGAAAUUUGCCUGAGUCACUGAGACGUUCAUGUGACCAAAAUUUUACCAUACAUGUGCCCUUUUCCUGAGCUGAGUGGUGUGAGUGGGUGUGGUUACCAAGUGUCCUCCCUCCUCCCCCUCUGUGCUGAGACACUACGAGAUACACUACCCUUAACACCUUAACCCUGCAUGGAUACACUUCUAAAACUGAUUGUGUCGGUCAAAAAGCAAGCAUGUAUGUGCUCAAGUUUAUAGAAAUUCUGUGGAGCAGUUUUCCUCGAUGAUUGGAGCAAAGUGAAAUCCAGUAUCCAACACUCUGAGCGUCCAGAGUGUGAGUGAGGAGGACUUUGGUCACUACCAGUGUGAGAUGAAGAAUGCCGCUGCUAGGAAAGUGGUCCUCAUUGUCUACAGAGCUCUCUAUAGAGAUGAGAUAAAUAAUGCAGCGACUGAACUGGCUCAUGAAGUCCUCCACACAACCACUGAGUCAGUUCGUCAGAAUACAGCAACUGCAGCUCAGUUGAGUCAAGAGUGCUCGGAAGAAGCUCUUCUCCAGUUGUCUACCCCGAGAUUGCUGGAUACAACGAAUACAAGUACAGGCUAGGCCUAAGUCAUGCUAUAGGUUAGACGAAAUCGAUAACGAUCCGAGACUCUUCAACAGUACCCAAGCCAAAUUUCACACUGCUCUAAUGAAAUUGAAGAAUUGAUUUGGACAAUCCAUCGAAUUCGACAGCCACUUAUGGUCGACUAGUGGAAAUUAUGGUAGCAUUUCACAAGGCUUGUAUCAAGCAUACAAUGACUUCUGCAGCUGGAAAAUGAGAAUGAAGUUGCAUGUAGUACUAGCAGUGUUGGCAUUGACUUGGACUUGCUGGAGUGUAGAUGCAUUUAAACUUACAUCUUCAAAAAAACCACAGAAGCAAAAGACAAUACAGCAAAAGAAUAAGAACAACCAACUGUUUAAUACUGCCAAAGAUAAGUGGAAUAACCAGUUAGGACAACCAUUGAACCUUGAGUGUGACGAAAAGAAUGGUGAAGGUAUUUUUCAAGUGCGAAGUGAGUUCCAUGCCAAAGAAAAAGACCGUCAAUACUUAUGGCAAUGCCACAGUGUUGCUACGGAACCCAUGACAGACUGUACGUGGAGCAAUGAGAUUAAUGAAUUUCAAGGUAGCUUGCUCUUUAUGUGCCAAUCGAACUUCGUUAUUAAUGGAAUUAGUAGCACCUAUAAUCCUAAAAAGCAAGAUAGAAAAUGGAAGAUCAAAUGUUGCCGAGCCAAUAAUCAUUUCACAAGAGCAUGCAAAAUUUCUGAGUCUAUCAACAAAUUUGGGAAACCCUUCUUCUACACUUCUAAGGAUGAGUGUUCGGAUCCUGGUGUGAUGACCGGUCUGGCUAGUGAAAUAAACCGGGAGUCACUCAAAGAUAGGGAGUGGAAAAUAUUGCAAUGCUCCUAUGCUAACCAGAAAAGUUGCAAGUACAAGUGUAAUAGCAUACGCUCAAGAGGUAACAAGAAAAGGAAACAUAAGCGUAAAAGUCGAAAACAAACUGUACACAAAGAAGAGAGUCAACCCGAAUCGAAAUUAAAACAUGAACAGCAGCAGCAUUUUGGGAGGGGAAUUUCUACUCAUAGGCACCACCAUCACAGUAGGUCGAGUUUGAGUGAAUUUAAGCAUCAUAAUCACCAUCAUAAGAGUCAUUUUCAGCAGGACAACCAUCGUACAAGGCAUGAAAAACAUUUUGCUCACAAGAUGAGGCAUCCCCAUAAAGAAAAUGAAGAUAUUGAUUCUAAGUAUGAAAGAAAACCACAUAAACAUAGGCAUCAUCCUCGUGCUCAUUAUCAUCGUCACAACCAUGUACCAGUAGCAGACACAGUUGAAUCUAAGCCCCACGAAUCAAAACAACAAUCUAACCAGAAACCACCUCCCUCACCAAUAUCGAACACAAUGGUUGCUCCAAGUCCUGGAUUACCAAGGCCAGUGAUUCCUAAUAUAAGAUCGAACAGCCGGGCAUAUUUCCCUACACCGACUGAGAACAAUCCAUGGCUGACAACACCUGGUCUACUGAGACCAUGGCCAGUUCCAAUACAAAGACAACCACGUCUACUAUCAACUCCAACCGCAACAAAUUACAUGGAGAGUUCACCACCGAUUACACCAUCACAACCUAUGAAUGGACCCCAGAUAGCCCCUGUAGGUCCGAAUUCCAAUCCUACAAAUCUAUUUCAGCACCCUCAAUACAUGGCACCAUUUUAUUCAGCUCUAGACAGCAGAAUAUCGUCUCCAUAUUAUUCAUACAACAGAUUUCUUGGAAUGCCUCAGACACCAUUUCAAUUGCUCAGGGGUAUCACACUCCAUCCACAAAAUGCUGAAUUCAGUUAUCCAAAACAGACUUACGACUUCUUCCAUCCAACAUAUCCUCCACUUAUAUCACUACCUCAACAAGACAUAACUAGUCCCAACUGGCUUAACGCUUUUUACAGAAUUAGUAGUUUACAAAAAAGCUUGCCUAAUGAGGACAGAAAAAUAUUACAGGAGGCAUUAUUAACUAUUGCUGCGCAUCAUCUUCAUUCCCAUGUACCGACUAUGUCAUUGAAGAGCCCUGUGAACCCUCAUAUUCCUAUAGAGAUACACAAUAACAAUGACGCUUACAGCAGUUUGAAGAGAAUUCUUGGUGAGCAAAAUCUCGAAAGACCUCUGAAUGUGCACAUUCAUCUACCAGAAAGUUACAAUAAGGAGAGCAUGCACCCUGGGGGCACGAAUUUCCGAAAUCAACACACAGCAGAUCAGCUUCCAAUAAAAAAUACAGAAAUGCACACUCGACAUACAUCACAUCAAGAGAUGCGGCCCACCGGGAAAACUUUGGAUCAAAAGCGUUUGGUACACAAAAUUAACCAGUUACUUUCUAGGCUCCCAAAGAAUUUGAAUGUCCAGUCCGACAUUCCUAGAAUCAAAACUGAUCAAAGGAUCAAAACAAGAGAUCACACUACUAUUGAGCGACCGAAUUAUUCUAAAUCAGUGGUUAGCCUAAUACCUGCCGAAGCCCCAGGUGCACCAAAAAAGGAUGACAAAAUGGAAUAUAUUGAAGCACUCAAUAGAUUGUAUUCUAGAAAUACUGAACCACUUAGCAGUUAG